AUGGACAAAAGUGUCAAAAAGCAACUGGCCAUCAUUGCUACGUUUUUUGACAUUGAGAAGUUUGAGGUUCAGUACUGGUUGGUAGAUAUGAUCGAAACUGAAGAUGGUAGUGCAACUGGACAAAGUGAUGAAACCUUUCUGCAGCACAUUCCUAUGAGGAACAUCAUAGGUUACUCAUCCGAUACCACAAAUGUGAUGUUCAGACAGUACAACUCCAUUUCGCAGUUACCCAAAUCAGAGUUUACAUACGUCCAACUUGUGAAGUGUUCAUGUCACCUUAUCCAUCUCGUAUCAUUUAAUGCUGCAGUAAAACUACCCAAAGGUAUGGAGGAUCUAUGUAGAGAUCAGAGAGUUCAGUCGAUCUUCUAAAAGGCAAGACAUGUAUAUAGAGUUCCAGGCCUUUUUUAAUGCCCAACCACUCAAGAUUCUAUCACCUGCGCAGACACAUUGGCUUUCUUUACAAGAGUGUGUAAACCGACAACUCAAACAGUUCGAAGCGUUGACCCGCUAUUUUACCUUGACAGCCAACGAAGACCCAUCACACUCAAACGAUCACAUUUUGGAACCACUCCAUAAUCAUUUUACCCGGGUGUAUCUUGGAGUUCCUAAGCUAUCAACUUGAGCGUCUUAAUGCAUUUAACAGAUUGUUUCAGAGCAAGCGCCCUCUCCUCUACAUGGUAAAACCAGAAGAAAACCUUAUCAAGUCAAUUGCCUACUAUCCACGAAAUUGCUAGCGUGGCAGGGAAAGCUGGUGUUGAUAAUUUCCUAACGACCUGUAAGAACUUUCUCAUCGAGAGCAUUCUUCAAAUCCAAAGUCAAUGUGACAUAGAUGAUCCAGUUCACAAAAUCGUUCAGUGCCUUUUACCAUCCAAUGCUGCUGCACUCAAGCCUCAUUCAUUAAGAAGCAUUUGUCAAGAUACCAUCAACCUCGACAAGCUUGAUAUGCAGUGGAGACAAGAUGCACUUGAGCCAAAGGCAAAGCCUGAACUUCACUGGGAUGAAUACUGGUUAAACAUACGGGACACAACGACCCCAACAGGUGAAGCAAAAUAUCUGCUGUUGAUGGCAUUUGUUAGUAUUCUGGCUUUCACUACCAUUUUCAUAUGUAUCUGUUGAAAGAAUUUUUAGCCAACUUAAGCUGGUUAAAACGGAUCAGAGAAAUUAAUAAUAAUAAUUAUAAUGGUUUAUUACAGCUUUUCCACAGUGUGGCUCUACAUCUGCAAAAGUUUACAUAAAAAUAUACUAUACAAAGUCUCUAUGAAAAUUUAAAACUAAGGAUUAAAAUUUUAACUAUGCAAAAUAUUUGUCUCUAGCAUUACACAUUAAAAAGUGUUUGCACUGCUGUGAGAAAUGCCCUAAAAGUUCACAAUUCCUACGUUCAGCAGGUAGAGCAUUGAACAAUUGCGAGGCUGUAUCUUGAAAUGUUUUACUUUCUAGUGGUACUUGAAGUUUCAUUGCUGUCCUUGAGCGAAGUACCCGCUCACUUGAUUGAAUUUUCAGUGGAAAACAUGCUGGCCAUGGGGAUUGAUGUAAUGCUUUGUGUGCCAUUUUUAGCAUGUGUCUUUCCUUAAUAGGGAGCCAACCAAUAUUAAUGACGUCAGCAACUUUAGCGUAAGAGCCUUUAACAAAACCAGCGCAUUCAUUUUGGAUGCGCUGUAGUCUCUUUAGUUGGUAGUUGUGUACUGGACUAUAAACUGUGUCGCAGUAAUCUAGCUUUGAUAUGACAAGCAUUUCGACUAAUUGUUUAUGUAAGUUAUACAGGGCUAUAUGCUUGAGCUUAUGCAAGACUACCAAGACAACACAACAGGAAGACAACAUAUAUUUUAUAGGUUCAUUCCAGUUCAUUUGGUAGCAGUUUCACGUUUUAUUUCUGAUUAGCACAGAUAAGAUCUAGUUUAGCUUUGUCGAGGGAAUGUGUUUGUGACAUUUCAGCUGUCGAAAACAGCAUUGAUUUAGUUUUUUUUUAAAUUUAAUGACAAAUUCGAAAGUGAGGACCAGUGAUUCAGGGAAUCCAACGAUUGUUGCAUAUUAUCGAUUGAUUGAUCGAAUUUGGCAGUUUUACAAUGUUCAUACAGCGAAGUGUCAUCCGCAUAUUGAUAACAGGUUUGAGGGACAUCAACAUCAGAUACAUAUAGGUUAAAAAUAAAAGGACCAAGUAUGUAGUAACCUUAUUGCAAAUAAACAAAUCAAAUAUAUGACAAAACUGUUUAACCAAUUUGUGCAUAUUGUUAAGGAAGAAGGACUUGAUGCAUCAAACUACAGGAGAUUUAGGCUUAAAAUAAACUGACAAAACCCUACCCUCAACUUGUGUUUCUCAAAUCUAAUGUAAGAACAAAAAGUGAAAUGGUUUAUGUUGAAAAUACAUCAGAAGACAUAGUGGAUGAACAUAUGACCUUAAGCGGAUGGAAGAUGUAGAAGAUAUGGAUUAUGAGGACUAUGGAAAAACAAGUGUAGCAGAUUUGGAUGAGCUUUACGUGUUAUUCAAUGAUUUUACACAAUGCAUUGCAGAAUAA